UUAUUUAAAUUGGAGGUAGCUCGGGAUAUUUUAAAUUACUAAAUUUUUUGUUAAAUACAAUUUGAUUUUAAUGUGUAUGUGUAUUUUUUGAGAAUGUAAUUUAAAUGUUAUUAAUGUUUGAUAAAUUAUAUAAUAAUAUUGCAAUUUAAAAUUAAUUUGCAAUCAUUUAAAAAGGGUUUUGAAUAAUUUCACCUAAUUUAUUGCUGCUUCUUAUUGACUGUGUUUUUUUUUUUUUUAAUUUAUUGUAAAUAAAUUCGUAAUAAUAAUUGCUUAAAAUAUGAGCUAUUUUUGUGUGCGCCUAGUUGGCAGCUCCAUUUCGUGAAGUCCCACAAACCGUUUUUGUUUGUCGUUAAUUCGGCAAUCGUCUGCAGAGAAAAAAUAGUAGAAAAUAAUUAGAAACAAUUCAGUGCAGAAGGAGCAGCUACACAAUGUUCUUGAACGGACCCAACUAUAACAAACUAAAGAUAAAUUUGCGCUUGGCAAAAUCGAAAUUGGAGCUGGCACAAAAAUCGCGAAAGGAGAUUGCAGAGAUUCUUUCCACAGGCAAAACGGAUCGUGUGGAGCUCAUCAUAAGAGAAGAUUACCUCGUGGAAAUGGAAAUCAUGGAAAUGUGUUGGGAUCUGCAGCUGGCUCGCUUCGGACUCAUUCAGCAGAUAAAGGAACUGGAUACUGGCAUCGCUGAACCCGCGUCCAAUCUGGUUACAUUGCUGAAAGUAAUCUCGGUCAUUUAUGGGCCAGAAUUUGCACAGCAUUCACGCACUGGUGAUCAUUAUGUGCCCGAGAAGCUUAUGCAUAAGCUUACGCUGCAGGCGCCACCCAAGCUGAUGGUAGAGAACUAUUUGAUUGACUUUGCCAAGAACAAAACCAUUUAAUUCGAGCCGGAUACACAGGUGAUGCAGGAGGAAAAGGCCGAUAGUAGGCGUAUCUUUUUUGAUUUGUCUGAUCGCAAUAACUGUAGUGGAGUACCGGGAGAUCCACCUGGGCCACCACAAAUGGGUUUCAUUGUCUAUCCGGCCAUGCCGCAUUUUGAGAUGCCAGCGCCGUCCAUUAGCAAACCCUUCAAUUAUCCACUCUUUGGAGGGAACUCCCCUGCGCAACAGCCGCCCCCGUUUGCCUACAACAUACUGCCUAAUCAGCCAUUCGACGUCAACGCCAUCACUUUUUCACAAAUUGCCAAUAAACCGAAACCAAAACCACGCUCUAAGUUGCCGCCUGGUGAGCAUCCCAGCGCUCCGCCGCCAUCGAUGGAUCUGCCAACGCUGCACGAUGUGCCAGGCAGUUUCAGUGGAAAGAAGGAGGGUAAUAACGAGAUGGUUUUCGAUAAGCUUCGCUUCAAGAAUCUCAAGAAACGCUUCCUGGGGCUCAAUCAACAAUUUUUAUUAUUUAUGCAUUCGUGUUAAAAAACAAAUAUCCGGUUUUUUAUAUAUAACAUACAUAUAUACUAUUAAAGGUAAUCACAUGUUAGAAAAGUUCAUCGCUCUCCACCACUUCUUUGAGUUCCAGCAGCUCUAGUAAUCCUUUGCCCUUGGUCUCGUUGCGCACGAGUUCGUCGAUGACACGAUACUGUCCCGGAUCGAUGAGCAAUGUCAGAUGCAGCGUUGCAUCCUCCCAUUCUUCGUGCUCCACUUUAUUGGCCAACUUGAUAACAUUUUCCUUUAGCUUUCCGCCGCCUUCUUUGCCCGCAAAACUCACGCGUAGCUUCAUUCUUGAGCGCUCAAUAGGCAAAUGCUCGCGCAGCAUUUUGAUGGCCUCCAGUGUGUUCUGUUUGGUAUUCUUGUUCAUCUU